GUUGUUUCUCUCUUGCAGGCCUUGGCCAUGGUGGCCUUAGUGCAGUCCUGGAGUGGACCUUGGACGUUCCCCUCUAGAGAUGAGCCUCCUUCUCAUGCAUGGGCCUCUGUUGCCGGGAGUGACUGACCGCUGACCCAGGAUGCCCAUGUGCCGCUGACCAGCCCAGCCUUGCUCCUGCUCCUCCUUGAGGCUGCCCGCCCGCCCGCCCUCCGCCAUGCCGGCGGCUCCCACCUUUGGGGUGGCGGACUACGCCAUCUUUGUUUUGCUGCUGGUGCUCUCGGCGGGUAUCGGGCUCUACCAUGCGCUGAGCGGGGGCAAGCAGAGCACGGUGCAGGAGUUCCUGCUGGCCGACCGUAGCAUGGGCUUCUUGCCGGUGGCCCUCUCCCUGCUGGCCACCUUCCAGUCGGCCGUGGCCAUCCUGGGCGUGCCCGCCGAGAUCUACCGCUUUGGCACCGAGUACUGGUUCCUGGGCUGCUCCUACUUCCUCGGCCUCCUCAUCCCCGCACACGUCUUCAUCCCCGUCUUCUACCGACUGCGCCUCACCAGCACCUAUGAGUACCUGGAGCUGCGCUUCAACAAAGUGGUGAGGAUCUGCGGGACGGCCACCUUCAUCUUCCAGAUGGUGGUCUACAUGGGGGUGGUCCUCUACGCCCCGGCACUGGCCCUCAACGCAGUGACCAAGUUUGACCUCUGGAUCUCCGUCCUGACCAUCGGCCUGGUCUGCACCCUCUACACAGCCCUGGGCGGCCUGAGGGCCGUGAUCUGGACAGACGUCUUCCAGACCUUUGUGAUGUUUGCGGGGCAAGUGGCCGUGAUCGUGGUGGGGACCAUCAAGGUGGGCGGCAUGGGGCGCGUCUGGAAGCUGGCGGCCGAGGAGGGAAAAGUGUCCGGCAUCGACCUGAACCCGGACCCCUAUGAGCGGCACACCUUCUGGACGCUGGCCUUUGGGGGGGUCUUCAUGAUGCUCUCCCUUUACGGGGUCAACCAGGCGCAGGUCCAACGGUACCUGAGUUCGCGCUCGGAGCAGCAGGCCAUCCUGUCCUGCUACGCGGUCUUCCCUUGCCAGCAGCUCGUCCUCUGCCUCAGUUGCCUCACCGGCCUGGUCAUGUUCGCCUACUUCCAUGAGAACCCGCUCUCCGAGGCCCAGCGCAAGGCCUCCCCGGAUCAGAUGGUGCUCUACUUCGUGAUGGACGUCCUGCAGGAGGUGCCCGGCCUCCCCGGCCUCUUUGUAGCUUGUCUCUUCAGCGGCUCCUUGAGCACCAUCUCCUCGGCCUUCAACUCCUUGGCAACGGUGACCAUGGAGGACCUGAUCCGUCCGCACGCAGGCAGCAUCUCCGAGGGACGAGCCACCCUCUACUCCAAGUUGCUGGCGCUGGCCUAUGGCCUCCUCUGCCUGGGCAUGGCCUACAUCUCCUCCAUGAUGGGCCCCGUCCUGCAGGCAGCCAUCAGCAUUUUCGGCAUGGUGGGGGGCCCGCUCCUGGGUCUCUUCUGCCUGGGCAUGUUCUUCCCGUGUGCCAACUCUACGGGCGCUGUCUCUGGCCUGGCUGCAGGGCUGGCCAUGGCCUUCUGGGUGGGCAUCGGGGGCAUCGUGGCCAACAUGCAGGCCUCGGCCCCCACGGCCCCCGGCCUCCCUCCGCUCAACGGGAGCCUGACCACGCCCUCCAUGGCCACGCUGAUGACCUCCACCAGAGCCCCUGAGAGGCUGACGGGGCUGCGCAAGUUCUACAACCUGUCCUACCUGUGGUACAGCGCACACAACUCCACCACCGUCAUCGUCGUGGGGCUCCUGGUCAGCCUCAUCACAGGCCCCAUGCGGGGGGAGGACGUCAACCCGCGGACCAUCUUCCCCGUCCUGCCGCGGCUGCUCUGCUGCCUCCCAAAGAAGUACCGCCAGAAGCUGCGCUGCGGAGUCCCCGACCCGGCCGAGGUGAGGAGGGGGCGGCACGAGGGGGGAGCCAGGGACCCAUAGGGAAAGGAGAAGACUAGCAACGGGAUGCUGAACGGACUUCCGGAGGGUCUUCCGAUGGGAGACGGCGCUGAGGAAGAAGACCCCUGCGAGGAGGGCUUUGUCCGGGAAGAAGGGGCCCACGCCUUCGUCCUCAGGGAGACCUCCCUCUGACCUGGACCGAGGGAUGGACAGGUGGACGGGUGGACAGAUGGAAGAAAAGUGGGGGGCACCUUAUGGGGGUCUCUCUGGUCUGGGAAAGAAGGAGCCCCUUUUGUGCCAAAGGGUCUCUGUGCCAAAGGAGCCCCUCCUCGCAUUUGCGAGGGGGGUCCUCUGACCGCGGGGGUCUAGCCCUUCCGGCUGGCCCUCUGCGCAGACUUAUUCUGGGGCCAAUCAAGAGGUGCGCCUCUUCUCUCCUUCCUCUCCCCCCAAAGCAAGCGCCAAGCACAAGAGUCCCCUCCCUGCCCCAUCUCAUCUGUCUCAGGUGUGCUUAUAUUGGGGGAAGGGAAGGGGGGUCACCAAAGAAGCCAUGUGACCUCCUCGUGGGGUCACCCUGCUGCUGUCCUUGCAGGCCUGAAUCUCUGUCGGGCGGAGUGAUCCCGGCAAGCGCUGGAUCCGCCCCACAGGCGCCCCUCUUUCCUCUCACGUGGGGCACUCGGAGGGCAUCCAAACACGGGGAGGAGGGUGCUGCAGGGUUGUGUGUGUGUGUGUGGGGACAUUCCCAACUCUGAGCCAUUCCUUUCCAUCUGGAGUAAAGAGAACCCUAACCUUGACCCUUCCCCUUAGGAGGAGGGGGAGGGCUCGUUAUUUUGGGGGGCCAAGUGUUUGUGUGUGUGUGUCUCCCCCACACACGCUCGUUUUUGUAUCCCUCGUUCCGUGUCUGCGAGAAGUCGUUCUAUUUUCCUUGUUCCUUGUCUUUUCAAUGCUCAGCGGACGGUUUUCUUUGCCGCUGUCAGUAAAAAUGGUUCUUGUUGAUGCC